AUGCCUGACAUCCCCUGGAGAUCCGGUGCCGGCUACGACCACCGCGAGUAUAAGGUCAACGGGACUGAUCUAGUCGGCGAGGUCAAAAAGACCCUCUACAGUAUCGCGGGAGAUCAAAGCUUAUAUGCAAUCACCGAUAUUCACUCUGAUGGAUAUUACUGGAGCCUGGUGUCGUCUCUCAAGAAUGACACCGCCGGCGAAGACAAAGUCACUGUGUCCUAUACCACCGAGCUCAAGGUCACGGAAGGCACUGAGAAGGAAUUGAACGCCAACCUUGGACUCGAAUUCAAAGGCCUCAGCGUUGGAUUUGGAGCUUCCACCAAGACCUUCACCCAGACUGAAACGACUGACAGCAAGACGUAUACCGAGGAGAUCACCGUCCCAGCGGGAACGACCGCUUAUCUCUACCAGAAGGUAUACCGGUUCAGGACGUGGAUGUGGUUCAUCAACGAUGCGUGGGCUGAACUGAGUCGAGUUGGCGGCUAUAACAACUACUCGCCUACUCAUGUGGAUGGAUAUGUUGAGAUUCAUGCUAUGGAGUGGUUUUCGAGCCCAACUGAAUUGGAUGGUUCGGGUACCACUACUGUCGACGCUAUCACGAACCAGGUCGAGUACAAGUGGACGAGACAAUUCAAUAACACGACUGAGAAGUGCCGGGAAUAUCUCGAAAGUCAUGGCGCUACUAUUCCUAGUAGCUAA